UUGUGAAUGGCAGUCGAAAGAAUUUAAAUUGCGGAAAAAGCUUUUUCGAAGGGUGUUUUACUGAAAUUAAUGUUUCGCCUAAUCCAAUAAAGAUCAAAAGCAGUAGCUAUGUGGAUGUUAGAUGUUAGAGCGUGCUUGAGCCAUUCAACGGAGCUAAAAUGCUGCACACCGAAUCCCUGCCAGCCGCUGGUCACCAGGGCAUCUAUGCUCCAUUAAGUCAGGCAAUGAGCGAUUCGGAAUCCGACGAGGAAAUUGAGAUCCACAACGCUGCCAAUCAUCGGCAGAAACUGCAGAAAAAACUCCAGCAAACUCAUCAGAAUCCUCAGGAGCAGCUUCAAUCCCAAAGGAUACGGAUUCCGCCAAACACUUUGGCCCUUAAAUCACCACAUACGAGAGCACUACCCACCGCAACGAGAAUUUUGACCCGAAAUUCUGCAGGGAAUCACGCCCAGAAAUUCCAACUGGAAAGCAGUAGCCACGCCACCAAUAUGCAAAACACCUUUCGUUCCGUCAUGUUGAGUGAUAAUGGCGGAGUGGGUUCGGAGUUGUCCAACUUCAACAGCGAAUUCGACUCCAAUGCGGAUAACGUGGCUAUUUUGGGUGGCAAUCAGACUGGAGAGGAUUCAGCCAAGAGGACACCCAUGUCACCGGCCAGAAAAUGCUGUUUUAUUGGCAGCCUUGUCCUCUGCUUCCUGGCCAUCGUAUCCUUUGUGUGGCUAGUGCCUUGCGGCAACCCAGAUGGUACUGGAUCCUGCCCAGCGGUGGGGGAUCGCAUCAAGACCCACAACUGGUUUAAUAACUACACGAGGGCAGAGCUGAAGGGAGGAGUUAAUGUGGUUGGAGGACUGCGCGCCUGGGAGAACAACCUGAUCUUUAUGUAUCGCGGCGACGCUUUUUUUCCGGAAUUCCGCCCUGGUAACGAGAGACGCAAUGGCAUCAUCUGCUUGAUUGGCUCAUCAGGAGCUGUGGCCUGGUUUGUGGAGAUGGUGGAUGAGCCGGUGGCCCUGGACUGCACCCUCGUAGACAUAGAUGGCAACGCGAAAUCAGACUGCUUGGUGCUGGAUGAAUAUGGCGAACUAGGUGCCAUUAAUCCGGUCUCAGGGCAAUGGCUUUGGUGGUUUAAAGAACGUUCAGCCCGUAAGGUGGAUGCGUACGAUUUCCCCAUCAUCCUGCCCGAUCUGGACGCAGAUGGUGUGCUGGACCUCCUGCUCGUGACCAGUUUGUCCCUGGAACAGCGAACCAAAUCGCUAGCCCAGCAGAAACAUGAAUCUCCUGGGCAACUAGAAGCACGGAAUGUUCUGCGAUUGCUGUCAGGACGGAAAGGAUCGCCUAUAGGCGAUGGCUUCAGCAUCCACGACUGCGAGCGUCUUAGCAACGUCAAACUGGAGGCGGGGAAUGUGAGCUUCACCUGCCAGCGGAGCAAUGGCACUGAGCAACAGCGUUCUAAGGGCCUAGCGGAGAUCUACGCCCUCAUUACCAACAAAUCAAUUGUGGGUCAAAGACUGUCGACCGCAAAGAUCUCGCAGCACAGGAAUCACGGCCAGCGGCGAGACUUAAAUGCCCAAAGGAACAUCUAUUCACUGAGCGGUCGCGAGCUGGUGGUGGAGAAUCGCGGUCACUGCCCGGAAGAUUGCAAUGUCACCUUUAUGCUGAGCGAAGUUCGCGGCGGCAAACCGCAUGUGGUGCAGAAUUUUAGUAACAGCGGGAUGUAUGGUAUGGUGCCCGCCCAGUGGCAUUUUAAAAACACCAAAACCCAGAUGUCCGGUUUUGUGAUGAAGUUCUGGAAGUGGCAUGGUCUGAUAAAGCCAUCCAAGCAGAGCUCCGCCAGCAGCAAUAGCAACAAUGUGCAGAAAAGUGGGAGCAACAAUCACACCAAGAACAUGAAUGCCAUUAAGGAUAAGGAAAAGGCUCAGGCCAAAAAGCAACAGCCUCAACGUCUGAGGAGGAGCACGAAGGCGGUGGACUACGAGUUUCCACCUGACCACCAGGAGUUCGAUGUCUUUAAGCACCUAAAGCAGAAGAGGGAAACUUUCGGCGUGCCCUCUAAAAACCUGACUAAAUCCAGUGGGGUCUCCGCCGGCGGCAGCUACAAAAUGAAUAUGAUAACGGAAACGGUAAUCCUUGUGCUUUUCGUAGGCGCCGAUACCCACAUCGAGAACACCUCUCAAAGCAACAUUAUCCAGUUCUGCCGCCACGAUCGCAGGGAAAUGGUGUGCCAACCGGAUCUGAACAACCAAGAUCACUCAAUGCUAAUAGCCGAUUUGGACCAGGAUGGAUCACAGGAGCUGGUCACCUACAUGUCCACAUUCGUGCAUCCCGAGGAUCAGCCGCUCAGCGAGUGGAAACUGCUGACUUACGUGCGAUUGUUGCGCCUUCAGGCGGAGCUACCCGCCUACUACGAGGACGAGAAGCACAACUAGGCGGAUCCGCAUCGGGGUCUAAGUCUGGAUUGCAUUUAGCCAGCCGGAAGCGAGCUGUCGGACACGAGUUAAUUUAGUUGCAUGAAAUACAUUGUACAUUAAUAGAACCUUUUCUAGCCUCCCAUAAUAAAUCAGUAAACAAAUAGAUCAGUAAA